CCGAGCCGGCAGGUUGCAAUUAAUGCCAGUCGGACUCAGGGCGGCGCGCGGCUCCCCCUUCUUUUGCCAGUUCUUUUCCGCGCCUUUCGCUCAGAUGCUGCCGGGCUGCGAGAGGAGAGGGAGCGAGGCGGCGGCGGCGGCGCCCGGAGGAUGCUGCCGCUGCUGACCGCCUGCCGGCUUGCCGGAGCGCUGGCCCUGCUCUGAACCCAGGCCGACGGGGCGGAGGAAUGGCCCCUGCGCCAGGCUCGUGGGCGCUGGAGGCAUGGACUCGGCGGCGGGUGGCAGGAACUCCUCCGGCUCCCCCGGCCCCAACGGCACGGUGAGCGGCGGCGGGAGCGAGUCGCAAGGCAGCAGCGCCAUCCUCAUCUCCUUCAUCUACUCCGUGGUGUGCCUGGUGGGGCUGUGUGGCAACUCCAUGGUCAUCUACGUGAUCCUGCGCUACGCCAAGAUGAAGACGGCCACCAACAUCUACAUCCUCAACUUGGCCAUCGCCGACGAGCUGCUGAUGCUGAGCGUGCCCUUCCUGGUCACCUCGACGCUGCUGCACCACUGGCCCUUCGGCUCGCUGCUUUGCCGCCUGGUGCUCAGCGUGGACGCCGUCAACAUGUUCACCAGCAUCUACUGCCUGACGGUGCUCAGCGUGGACCGCUACAUCGCCGUGGUGCACCCCAUCAAGGCGUCGCGCUACCGCCGGCCCACCGUGGCCAAGAUGGUCAACCUGGCCGUCUGGGGACUGGCCAUCCUCAUCAUCUUGCCCAUCAUCAUCUUCUCCAAGACCGAGCUCAACACGGAUGGGACGGUGGCCUGCAACAUGAUGAUGCCUGACCCCAAGCAGAAGUGGCUGGUGGUUUUCGUAGUCUACACCUUCCUCAUGGGCUUCCUGCUGCCCGUGGUGGCCAUCAGCCUCUGCUACAUCCUCAUCAUCGCCAAGAUGCGCAUGGUGGCGCUCAAGGCCGGCUGGCAGCAGCGCAAACGCUCCGAGAGGAAGAUCACCCUCAUGGUCAUGAUGGUUGUCAUGGUCUUCGUCAUCUGCUGGAUGCCUUUCUACAUCGUGCAGCUGGUCAACCUCUUCGUGGAGCCCGACGACGCCACCAUCAGCCAGCUCUCGGUCAUCCUGGGCUACGCCAACAGCUGCGCCAACCCCAUCCUCUACGGCUUCCUCUCGGACAACUUCAAGCGCUCCUUCCAGAGGCUGCUGUGCCUCAGCUGGAUGGACAACGCCGCCGAGGAGCCCAUCGACUACUACGCCACCGCCCUCAAGAGCAGGGCGUACAGCGUCGAGGACUUCCCUCCGGACAACUUCGGGGAGUCGGGCAGCAUGUACAGAAAUGGGACUUGCACCUCCAGGAUUACAACCCUCUGAGGACAGCGCUUUCCCCUGUCCCCCGCGAGGAGAGAGGCCAAAUCCGGAGGGGGGAGGGGGAUCAGGACGAGAAGCGAGGAGAGGGGCAGAGCUAGGGAGAGCUGCGCGAGACUUGCCCUUUAAACUGGGGAAAAUGCGAAGUGUGUGUGUGUGUCCCUUCUGCCCUCAGCCGCCCUGCCUAGCUGGACCCGCCGCAUCCCUUCCCUUCUACUUGCAGCUGCUUUGGACACCCCUAAUACAAUCAAUCUACAGUUCCCCGAGGAAGACUUUGGUUUCCCUGCCGCCCCCGGUGCUUUCCUUUGGGUACCGGGCCAGUGAGUGUGGUGGCCUAAUCUGUGCGGGUUGGUAAGGUCGUUGGUUAGACGUCUCUCUCUUGAGUUGCUCCUUUUGUCCACGUCGCAUCUCUGAUGGCAGGUCGAGGUCUGUUGCGCUGCAGUCGGCUGUCCCAGUCCCCUGUGAAAGAGACGUGCACAGUAAAAGAAACCGAGCUAAAUCGAGACCAAGCUUGUCUUUAUUUGUUUAACUGGCGUUUGCUUACCAAAAGAGAGAGAGAGGUGCCGGAGCUCAAACCACAGGCCUCUAAUUUAGAGGGCCCAACCCAUAAACACAGAUGUGUAGGUGUAGUUUGGAGGUCAGAAAGCACUCUUAACAUGCUCAGGGGGCGCUCUCUACUUUAUUACGUCAUAUGGACUGAGCAGGGUCAUUUAAAACAGGCGAGUCUCGCCUCGAAUUAAGUCCUGGUUAUUAUAUUAUAUGUCAUUAUUAUCCCACCCUUCCUCCGGAGGAGCACGAGGCUGCUAGAUUCUCCCCAACUGCUGAGAAAGAGGAAGCCAAGAGCUUCCCUGCGCAGGAGACAACCAACCCCUUUCCUGAAAACAAGCAAACAGUUCUCGGGGCUGCCCAAAUUUUCGAUCCCACUCGAAGCAGCCCCAGGAGAUGGAAAGCUAAAUGGCGUGUCGGUUUCCUAGGCAAGGAACCCCACGACACGAAUGUCUAUUUGGCAUUCAGCAGCGCUCAAGGGGGGAUGGCGAUUCACUGAGAAAGGGAAAGGGAGCCAGUCUGCUAGAAAGCCGGGCGAUUAUGUCGUUAUCUGGGGGCAACAGCAGGCUGCUGAUAAGAGCGAGAUAAAUAGCGCUCCCUCCACCAACCCGCACCUACCCCGGUCACUGUCAAGAGCUGAGCGCUGGGCUCCCAGCAAUGUUUGAUCUGGGAAACGUUUUGCUGUGUGGGUACAUAUCAUAAAGGUGUGCAAAUAAAGCAGGUUAAAUAAAGAGCUGCAAGGUUAUUGUCCUGGACUGUGUGAUAGCCGGCACGAAAUACGUAAGGGAGAAAAAUUGAGGGGCUGCUUCUGUAAAGAGAAGAAAAGAAUUGGUGAGACAGACUAGAGAGAGAGAGAAAGAAAAGUUUGAAAUAAAGUCUGUUUUAAAGAUUCUCAAAUUACUUCAGCUGCAGUCCACAAAGUACUUCUUACCAGUAGCAGCCUUGGAGAAAUCCCAUUGACUUUAGGGAAAUUACCCUUUAUUAAGUAGUUUGAGGGAGUGCAGCCAAGAACACAAUUCUAACUACUCAACAGUCGUUUUGGACAAGCCAAUAAUAUAUGAGAAGAAUUGCCUUGCCAGAUGACUGCUAAGGCUCAUCUAUUAGUCCAGCAUCCUGUUUUCAGGUUCCACCUGUGGCUAUCACAUGCUCACAGACAGGGCCUGAUGUAAUAAGCUAUAGCUCUGCCCUUUUAUUUGGUCCAGCAUUUCAGCAAUCAAGAGAUACACCAUCUGUAAUCUCUGCACCUCUAUAAAGUGUACAUGCUAAGGGGAAUUUACCCAUGCUCCCUGUUGCAAUCAUAAUGUGCACAGCUGUCAAUGGAGUCUCCAUAGCAUUUGGCUUGCACUGGGUAGUGUCCAUAGUAAAAUCAGGAUGCAUAUUACCUAUUUCACUAGGGACUAAAGAAGAAUUCAAGACCAAGAGAACUGCCAAACUGGGUCAAGCCAAGUGGGCCCAUCUGACCAAAUAUCCUGUCUCUGAAGCAGCCAGAAGGAGAUCCUACAAAACAUAAAAUAAACUGUACAAAAACAAGGUGCUGGGGUGGGGAGAGAUCCAGUCCAUCCCUUUUUCUCAUUCCCAAGCUACAAAAAUUUGUGAAAAGACCCUUUCUACUUUUGCAUCAGCAACCCUCUUUGCCAUUAAUUUGUAAUAUGUUGUCCAACUGCUUCACUAUCUGUUCCAUUUCUGAGAAUCCUAUUUUUAAAUAUGUGACCAAUUAUGUUGUUUUUAUUUUACUGAAAAUGUUGUUUCUGUGCUGUGAAAACUAUUCUUGUUAAAAUUAUUCUCUUUUGAAGCAGCUUUUGGCGUGUAGCAGAUCUUGGUAAUUAUUCAAAGGCUAAAUAUCAGCAAAGGCUGAAUUAAUAAUUCACAGGUUGAAUUUGUUCAAGAAGCUUUCUCAGGGGAGGGAGGACUGCAACUUUGGGAAGAAAUCCCUUUUCAUUCCUUACAUUUAUUCAUGUAGUCCAUGUUUGGAAACCAGCAAUGUAUUGUUUUAUAAAUGGCAAGAGUUAAAGUGCAAUCCCAGAUAUUCUUUUCCAUUUUAAAAUAAUCACAGGUAUACAUUCUGAUAAAAUACUCUGCUUUGCAUUUUAUUUUGAAUCCACUGUACAAAAUAAAUGUGAAAUGGGAGGCGUGGUACUCUAGCUAUGUAUCAAAACUAUCAAAGUUGCUCAUAAUGUUUAAUGAGAGAAAAAUCUGACCCUCUUAUUAAGUACCAGACAACUAUAGUUGUAAUCUUCAAACUACUUAUUAUUAAUAUAGUUAUCUGAUACCCCUUAAUAAGAUUUUCUCCCAUACCAGUCCUGUUUAAUUAUACAUUUCAGGUGUAAGCAAAAAAAGUGGGAGGUAAUAUAGCUUAACCGUGCUGCUUACUCGUUUUUUCUACUAUUUCCAUGCUGUUUUCUUACCAAUGUUAUUACAAAAGUUAUGGGGAUAAAAACUUUUCUGGAGUAUAACAGGAUAUCAGCUUCUUGUGAUUUUUAUUGUUUGUAUAGUGCCAUUGGUAUACCAAUGCACAAUGAGGGGAGGCGGGAGGCGGGAUCCCCGUUCCAACGAGCUUAACUUUGGCUGGAUAAUGCCCUUAGGUGUUUUUAUAUCCGAUUGACUUCAGUAAAUAAAAUUUGCAAUCCAGUCCUUUGUAUUUUUACUUGGAAGCAACUCCAACAGCAACUAUGCUGUUCAGAGAUGCUAACUCCCAUCCACAUGUCAUAGGAUUGCAUUUCUCCCAGCAAAAUCUAUGGGACUUGAAAUUGCUUGCUAGAUUGUGCCCUUGAUUUGUUUAGUAACAGAGAAAGAAAAAAGGAAAACAAAAUAACUGAAGAGAGAGGGAAAGGAUUAACGUGGGCCAAUGUAGUAAGAUGUGCCUGGGCUUUAUUUCACUUGGGGAUGUCAAACUGCAGGCUGAAUGAGCCCCAAAUGAUACAACUCUCCAAUCAAAUGGGUAAGAACAAAUGCUGCAUAGAAACUGAUAAUAAUGUCAAUUUAAACCCCACGGAACUAAAAGGAAAAACAACAGUUCAUCUUACUGGGGUUAAAGACAGAUAAGAUCAUAUUAGUAUUAAAGUCAUCAACAAA